GCCGAAAAGGUCAAAAUGAAAAAUGAAAUCAUAGGAAAAUAGAAAAAAUGAAAAAAAGGGAAAAAAUGAAAAUAGAAUAUUCCCAUUUUGGGGCUCAGUAGCUGUACAUAUAGCAUUUGCACCUGGCUUCACAAACCCUAGUCUCUUCUUUACUCUCUCAUUGUCUACCUGAAGCCCUAGCAGAAUGGCUUCGCGAAGGCUCUUAUCUUCUCUCGCCCGGUCCUCCGUACGCCGAGCACCUUCUAAAUCUCCGAUCUCAAGCCCUAACCCUAGAAUCGCAUCCCCAUCGCCAUCGUCUCGAUGCGCUUCUCCUUAUGGCUACAUCCUCAACCGUGUGGCCCAAUACGCCACCGCCGCCGCUGCCGAAACAACGACGGCGUCAUCAUCCCCUAAAAGUAAGGACGCCGGGAAGGGAAAAAUUACCGACGAAUUCACCGGGAAGGGCUCGAUCGGGCAGGUGUGCCAGGUGAUCGGAGCCGUUGUCGAUGUGAGGUUUGAGGAGGGCUUGCCCCCGAUCUUGACUGCACUUGAAGUGCUGGACAACUCGAUCCGAUUGGUGCUUGAGGUGGCUCAGCACUUGGGCGAGAACAUGGUCAGGACCAUUGCUAUGGAUGGUACUGAAGGGCUUGUAAGAGGACAGCGCGUGCUCAACACUGGUUCUCCUAUCACUGUGCCUGUUGGUAGGGCUACCCUUGGUCGAAUCAUGAACGUCAUCGGAGAGCCCAUUGAUGAGAGAGGCGAUAUGAAAACCGAUCACUUUCUGCCCAUUCAUAGAGAAGCUCCUGCCUUUGUUGAGCAAGCAACUGAACAGCAGAUCCUUGUUACCGGAAUCAAGGUUGUAGACCUUCUUGCUCCCUACCAAAGAGGAGGAAAGAUUGGGUUGUUUGGUGGUGCCGGUGUAGGAAAAACUGUGCUUAUUAUGGAACUUAUCAACAAUGUUGCAAAGGCUCAUGGUGGUUUCUCCGUGUUUGCCGGUGUUGGAGAACGUACUCGUGAGGGUAAUGACUUGUACAGGGAAAUGAUUGAGAGUGGUGUCAUUAAGCUAGGUGAAAAGCAGGCUGACAGCAAAUGUGCUCUAGUGUACGGUCAAAUGAAUGAGCCCCCUGGUGCUCGUGCUCGUGUUGGUUUGACUGGGCUGACUGUGGCAGAACACUUUCGUGAUGCUGAAGGGCAAGAUGUGCUUCUCUUUAUUGACAACAUUUUCCGCUUUACCCAAGCAAACUCUGAGGUGUCUGCUUUGCUUGGUCGUAUCCCAUCUGCUGUCGGAUACCAACCUACUUUAGCUACUGAUCUUGGAGGUCUUCAAGAGCGCAUUACUACCACCAAGAAGGGUUCCAUCACUUCUGUCCAAGCUAUUUAUGUACCUGCUGAUGACUUGACAGAUCCAGCUCCUGCCACCACCUUUGCUCACUUGGAUGCCACCACUGUGCUGUCACGACAGAUCUCUGAGCUUGGUAUCUAUCCUGCUGUCGAUCCCCUUGAUUCCACAUCUCGUAUGCUCUCCCCUCAUAUUUUGGGUGAGGAACACUACAACACUGCUCGUGGUGUCCAGAAGCUUCUUCAAGAUUACAAGAAUUUGCAAGAUAUUAUUGCUAUUUUGGGGAUGGAUGAGCUUAGUGAAGAUGAUAAGUUGACAGUCGCCCGUGCCCGUAAAAUUCAACGUUUCUUGAGCCAGCCGUUCCAUGUUGCAGAGGUUUUCACUGGUGCCCCUGGAAAAUACGUGGAGUUGAAAGAAAGCAUUACCAGCUUCCAGGGAGUGUUGGAUGGAAAGUAUGAUGACCUUUCAGAACAAUCGUUCUACAUGGUUGGAGGUAUCGAGGAGGUCAUUGCUAAGGCAGAGAAGAUUGCCAAGGAGUCUGCUGCCUAAUCUUCUUCCCCCAUCUCACCUGUUCCUUUUGUCUUGAUAAUUGCGAAAAACCCAAAUAAUUUAGAUGCAGCUGGCAUUGCUAGCGGACAGGAUUUUCAUUUUUGAGAAACAAAGUGUAUGAGCAUUUUCUAUUUCAGAUUUAAGCAUACCGCAGAGUGUGAGAGAAAUGGAGCCAAUGGGCCUAACCCCUUUUUUCUUGUUGUUCAAUAAGGGGAAAAAGAAAGAGGACGUGUAUAUUUUUUUAUCUCCUUUUCUAUUUUGAAAAAUUGGAUGCGAUUGAUGUCAAGUUAAACCCGUGUUCAUGUGAAUUAUUUGAGAGUUGCAGGCUAUGCCUAGCUGUUAUCCAA